GACGUUUUGACGUUUGUACACGGACUGUUGAUGACGUUGGCAGGCGGCGCAGGUCAGUAGCUGAUAGCCGCUCACGGGAGCAGUAGUUCGGCUGCUUAAUAACGCUGCUCUGAAAGACGCCCAAACUCAGGGGCAAGCGACUGAAGUCAGCGCAGGACGCAACCGCGACUCCCGGCGGCAGUUUCGCAGCCGCCCCGCGGAUUGUUUGGAAGGCCUGUUGCUGGUGCGAGGAAAUCCUCGGGCUAUCCCAGCGAGCACUGGGCCGACAGGGAGCGCCGAGGACCGGGGAACCGACGCUCUGUAGCUCGCUCCACACGCACCCAGGUUCAACAGAAUCCCCACGUUUUCUCGUAUAAACAGACCACAGAACAAUUCCUAGUCCGUGGCGGAGCAACGCGUCUCCGGGAGGCUUGAAGUUGACAGCCAGCUAACACUAGCUCCUCCGUGUUUACAUGCUAACGACAGCUAGGAAGUUCACCGCUUCUGUUCCCGAGGGUUUUGCUGCUUCUCUUCUGUUAUGCGUUUGAUGUAACGCAGUAAAUGUGGACGCCUCGCAGAGAAGCUCGUUGUUUCCCCCCGUUGUUCGUAGCGAACCGCACCGAUGGUCAGGUGUUGUGGUAGGUGAGGUGUUGCAAUGGAGUCAGGUCUCCUGUGUGUCAGCUAAGCUAAGCCGCCCGUCAGACGAGUGUUCCUGCCUGCUCUGAAAAUGAAUCGCUACCUGCCCGUGGCUCGACAGCACUUCCUCGCUGCCCUGGCCAGCACCAGCGUGGUGGUCAAAUCCAUCAGCGCCGUCGUGGUCCUGCUCUACCUGCUGUCUUGGCCUGUUUACACUCCGUACGCGCUGGGGGUGACGCCCGGGUACCUCUUCCCUCCGAACUUCUGGGUGUGGACGCUGGUGACCCACGGGGUUGUCGAGCAGCACCUGUGGGGCGUGGUGGCCAACGUUGGCAUCGUCAUGACCUGUGGGCGCCUGCUGGAGCCUCUGUGGGGGGCACUGGAGCUCCUCAUCUUUUUCGCCGUGGUGAACGUAUCUGCUGGGCUCCUGGUCGGUCUCUCCUACUUCCUCACCUACGUGGCUACUUUCGACCUGGACUACCUGUUCGAUGUGCAUGUUCAUGGAGUGGCUGGAUUCCUUGGGGGCGUCCUUGUGGCGUUGAAGCAAACCAUGGGGGACACCGCGGUGCUCAGGGUUCCACAGAUCAGACUGAAGGCAGCACCAGCUCUGGUUCUUCUCCUCCUGGCUCUCCUGCGCCUCUCCAGGCUGCUCUCUCACUCUGGCCCUCUAGCUGCGUAUAGCUACGGGGCGCUGUCCGGCUGGAUCUACCUGCGCUUCUACCAGAGACACAGCCGAGGCCGCGGAGACAUGUCGGACCACUUUGCCUUCGCAAGCUUCUUCCCUGAGGCGGUGCAGCCUGUCGUGGGCCUGCUGGCUGGGCUGGUACAUGCGGCUCUGGUGAAGGUGAAGGUCUGCAGGAAGAUGGUGAAGCGAUACGAUGUCGGGGCACCGUCCUCCAUCACCAUCAGUCUCCCUGGGACUGACCCCCAAGAUGCAGAGAGAAGAAGGCAACUGGCUCUCAAAGCCCUGAACGAGCGGCUAAAGCGUGUGGAGGAUCAGUCUGCGUGGCCCAGCAUGGACGACGAGGAGGACGACGACGAAGACGAGGUCAGAACGGACACGCAGCCGCUUCUUCCAGGCGGCCGUGACACUUCCUCCUCCACGGCACGACCAGCAGGAGGCCACACCGCCGUCUCCCUCUCUUCCACCUCCUCGUCCUCACAAAGCAGCGGAGUCCAGUCCACAGGCGGAGCGCAGCAUCCAGAAUCCAGCAUCAUCAGCUUUGAAGACGCACCAUCUAGAUCUUAAACCGUAGAGGCUCUCUCCAGGUGCAGCUGCUCGGGUUUACUAGCGCAGAAUAUUGUCACCAGUGGUAUCUCUCACACUCAAAUUAACUGUACAGUCAUUUUAUUUCAGAGGUGCGUUUCAUCUGCAGUGUAGUACAACUCUCUCUCCAAUCCAGAAACCUUAGAACUUUCCCCUCUGCAUCAUGUCUCUCUUUUUCUGGCUUUUUAAAUAAAUGAAAAACUGGGUGUAUGAUAUUUUUGUAUGUUUUGUCAUCUUCUUCUCCGAGCACUUUGUGAUUGCUUGCCAAAAAAAAAAGAGACUGAGCUUGAAUUGAAAGCAGGUCGGGGGGGGGUGAGGUUACGUAAAAGCUGGUGCCGUAUCAGCCUGCUGAUGAACUUUGAUGCUGCGCUCCACUGAAGUGCCAGACGUUUUCAUGGACUGGGUCGGAGAAGGAACCUUUUCUAUUAAAGUCUCUGAAUGAAGAUGCAACAGAGCUAUUUCCUCUCUGCUGCACGAGACCUCUCUGUUCUUUUCCUCCUGCAGGAUUGUUUUGAUGAUUCUUUUUUGUGUUCUGAGUCUACAAAACUAUUAAAUGGUGACAACUUG